AUGGGGCUGCUCCGCUCUUUCCAGAGCUGCUGCAUCUGUGGCCAGAGUGGGGCCACCAUCCCCUGCUGCCAAACAGACUGCGACAGCAAGGAGUACCCAACAGGGCCCCUCCAGCUACGGUUGUACUUCGCUCCAGGCCACGGCUGCUCUUCUGCACCCAUUUCCACGCUCAACGACUCGAUCCCUCCUCCCCUCCUGCAGGUUUUCGAUGUCCAGCCGGUGUCCGGUGUGCUGCAGCCGGGCAAGAGCCAGCAGGUGCCCUUCAUCUUCUUUGGUCACGCCAACAUCAUCGCCCAUGUCACGGCGCUGUGCCGGGUGGAGGGAGGCCUGACCUACGAGGUGGAGCUGAGGGGGGAGACUUCGGUCCUCACCUACCACCUGAGCGCCGAGGAGAUCGACUGCGGGCUGCAGCUCUUUAACCAAGUCACCAGAGCCAAGGUCACCCUGCGGAACGAUGGGAAGGUCGGAUUCGCCUACGUGGUACAGAGCCCCAGCUCUGGCACUGCAGACAAGCCUCUGCCUGGUGUGCUCGUGGUCCUGCCCAACACAGCUUCCAUUGAACCUGGCAAGGAGCAAGUGCUGAAGCUCUAUUACCUGCCAGGAAUGCCAGGAGUCUUCUGCAGGACGUUCCAGGUUCAAGUGGGUCACCUGAAACCGGCAGAAAUCUCCCUGAAAGGAGAGGCAGUCUUUGCCGGGAUCUGUCUGGACCUGCCCUGGAGCAUCAAAGGAAGUGAAAAAUACGAGAGGCUAUUGAAACAGGCAAAAGAAAAGCUGAAAAAAGACAAGCAGGACAAGAAAGCACGUGUUUGGAGGAAGGCUCGAAUCAGGAAGCGACACGCGAAGGGCCCUGGCAUUGUGGCAAACACUUGGCUGAGGAUGGAGAUGGAGCAGAUGCUGAUAAAGGAGAAUGCUCUGGAGCUGCAGCCAGUCCUCAUCUCCCGCCCCCCAGAGGACACUGUCUUUGACAAGAGCAUUCCUCAGAAGCUUGUCAAAGUUGAGCUGCCCGAGUACAUCCUGGACAUGGGCACUGUUGUUCAGGGUUACAGUAAAAGCUGCACUGUGAAGAUCACCAACACCUGGAGGGACCCAGUGGCCGUCCGGGCCGAUGAACGUGCCCUGGGUGACACAGGUUUCAGCAUAUACCUGGAGCCCGUGGAGUUCCUGAUCUACGGCACCAGCAAACGGUUUCAAGUGAACUUUGCAAGUGCCAACCUGCCCGUGGGAAAGGUGGAUGUGCUCCUGCCCAUCAAGGUAGAGAAAGGCCCCACGCUGUCACAUCUGCCUCCGUGCCACUGUGAUUCAGCUGCUGCUCAGCCUCUCCAGGAACAGACUCCAGUUCCCCCAUGUCCAGGUUGGGCAGUGCUGGAGUGAAAGAGUCCGGCUUUACAACCGGUUCAGCGCGCCCUGUGAAUGGUUCCUCACUGUCAACAAACCUGCCAAGAAGGUGGACAAACGUGUGACACCGGCCGUGCAUCAGAAGGAGCUCCAGGCUGUGAAGGAUGAUUCCCGUGUCUUUCAGUGGAAGGCCCGGGAGGGAACCCUCUAUGGUAGAGAGU